GAUCCCUCCUCUGGCUUCCCCCCCUCUCCUCUCGGCCAUACUCUUAUCCCGUAGAACUAGGAUACACUGCUUGCACUUCCAUACCGCGCAGAAGGGGCAAGCACGGUAAACGAUGGAUACGGACAGUCAGAGCGGUCUAUCUUCCUCGGAUUCUCCCCAUGAUCCAUGCAAAAUGUUCAUCGGUGGCCUUAGCUGGCAAACGACACAAGAGGGUCUCAAGGAGUACUUCUGCAAGUACGGCGAGGUGAAGGAGUGUAUGGUCAUGCGGGAUCCGGUUACGAAGAGGUCGAGGGGUUUUGGGUUUGUCACGUUUGUAGACCAAGCUGGCGUGGACAAGGUGUUGGCUCAAACCAGACACGAACUGGACUCAAAAACAAUUGAUCCAAAAGUUGCAUUCCCACGCAGAGCACAGCCCAAGUUAGUUACUCGGACCAAGAAGAUCUUCGUCGGAGGUCUGUCUGUGAACACCACCAUUGAGGAUGUCAAACAAUACUUUGACCAGUUCGGAAAGGUCGAUGAUGCCAUGCUCAUGUUUGACAAAACUACCAAUAGGCACAGAGGUUUCGGCUUUGUGACGUUUGAGAAUGAGGACGUGGUGGAGAAAGUCUGUGAGAUCCACUUCCACGAGAUCAACAACAAAAUGGUGGAGUGCAAGAAGGCUCAGCCCAAGGAGGUGAUGACACCCACAGGUUCAUCUCGAGGUCGGGCGCGGGUCAUGCCAUACGGAAUGGAUGCCUUCAUGUUAGGCAUCGGCAUGCUGGGUUACCCAGGGUUCCAGACGGCCACCUACACCAGCCGGAGCUACGCUGGCAUCACCCCCGGCUACGCCUAUCAGUUCCCUGAGUACCACUUAGAGAGGACUCCACUCCUGACAUCACCCCACCCUCCCGAGCUCACAGCCAUCCCUCUGACCUACAAUCCCAUGGCGGCAGCUGCCGCAGCAGCAUCAUUGGUUAGAGGCUCCACCCCGUCUCGCUCGGCCGGCUUCCUGAGCACCAGUAGUCCGGGCCCGAUGGCCGACCUGUACGGCGCCGCUAACCAGGAGUCUGCCGUUAGCAGCUACAUCAGCGCCGCCAGCCCCGCACCCACCACCGGCUUCAGCCACGGCCUGGGGGGCCCCCUGAUAGCAGCAGCCUUCACUAACGGCUACCACUAAGAGAAGCUGUGUGUUGGGCUGGCUGAGGGCCUUGGAGCUGCUUAGGGCCAGAGCACUUUGUCUCUACUGGAGCUUUCAUCACUCAGGCUCUCGCCUCAGGGGUCUGAUGUGGCCAAAUCUAUCUUUCCUGCUGAAGAAGAAGAAGAAGAAGAAAGAAAGAAGAAAAAGAAGAAAAGAUCAAAGGUCACUUGUUUAUUUUUCACUUCCUGUCUAUCGCACUCUCUCGGCGAAGAGACAUCUGGAGAAGUCGUGUUCACUGUAUGUCUCCGCUUUUGUUUUUGUUUCCGUUGUUCUAUUUUUCCUUCAUUUAAAAAAAAAAUAUCUAACUGUAGUUCUCGCUUUUUUUUCUUCUUUUUGUGUUUCUGUACUCUCCCGUGGCUACUGAAGUGAAGUGUCAUUGUUUCAUCACUGAUUGGCUGAAUCCAAAAUGAUCACUCGUUAUCUACACAGUGUACUAUGAUAGGGAAGAAAGACCAUGUAAUUCCACCUAAUUAUCCACCAGGUGUACAGGCUCCACGAUGCUUGCGGCAACUACUAACCGUAACUUGCCUGAACUAGCAGACUGGACAUUUUGUGGGAGUAGGGGCGGGAUAUGGGCGGGAAACGAGCAUGACAAUACUGUGGAUAGUGGAGAAGGAGGAUAAAUGUGUGCAAUGCAUGCUUUAUUCAGACGAGUGUGCGGCUUAGUAAAGUGAGGGCACGCUUUGCAAAGUGAGAGAAAGCUUUCUUGACACCCCCCCCCCAAAAAAAGUCCCGAGCUCCAUAGUAAAGAGUGCACUAUGUUAGGGAAUGAGUGAACAUUGCGGACACGGCCAUUGUGUUAGGUUGGCCUGUGGGGUGCAUGUCGCUGCUCCCUUGGCCAUGCCAGUGUUUUGCUUGGGGAAUGAGAGUGCGGGUUUACAUUUCAAAAUUUGCGUCAACUUUUUUUUUUCUCUGCAUUUCCUUUAGUUGUGCAACGUUAGAAUGGGAGCAAUAACCUUGAAUGUGCUGUUUUUAAAAAAAUCGCUGGUUUUGAACCUUUUAAUGUCAAACUCUGAACAUUUUGGAUGUAAUUUUUUCCCAGUGGAAGAUGAGCUGAAAUGUCAAAAAAAUGUAUAUUUUGGUAGCUUUUGCAUACUAAUGAUUAUAGUGAUAAUCAAGAAAAUAUUUUUCAUAGUCAGGUUUUUAACCGCGAGGUCCGGUUGUUUUUAAUAAAACACUGUGUAUAUAUAUACUGUUCUGUCUUUUUCCGAGUUUUCCACUGAAAAUUGUUAUGGUGUUGUUAUUUCUGUACGGGGCACUGUAACUAGGUCUUCACCAUGACCAAGAGCCAGCCAUGCCAGUCUAGAGAAGAGACACUGUCAUAGCAACGCAGUCUCACCCCAAGUAGUCAAUUUCUGACUACCUUGGACCAGACUGCAAUUUUUGACGUCUUGGGUAUUCCUUCCACGUCACAUUUUGACUAUGUGGCCUAACCCUAAACCUAUUCCUAAACCUAACCUCAAUGACGUUAUGCUGCCACAGGGGGCGCCUUUGAGGACAUAGUCAAAAUGUGACGUGGAAGGAAUAC